AUGUUGGGAAUUAAUAGUACUAGGGCGAGGCAUUUGGAGAAUAGUUUAUCGCAGUACUUUAGGAUAAACUCGUCUGGGCUUGGGAUCUCUUCGUUCCUGAAGUUCUACUUCAUGGCUAAUAGAGUUUCAACUGGAAAUAGGGCCUGGGUUUCACAGCAUUUUCGGGAAGUUAUGCGCUGGAAACUGUUAAUUGAGCAUACUAGUCCUAAACCACUGACCUGGACUUCAAUUUUGAACACUUAUUUGCUCAGUGACCGCUGGCGUCUGAUGACCAAUAACAAAAGUUUGCCACCUCACGUGAGGUGUUCAUUUCCCCAGGAGCUUUUCGAACUCAUUGAUGAAGAGUACGGACUCGAAAAGGCAAUAAAAAUAUGUAAUAUUCUUAACGAGGAACCUGUAACUUUCCUGAGAGUUAACACACUCAAACUGUCCAGGGAUAAAGCUUACAAAUUUUUACUUCAUAAAGGUGUUCCAGUUGAGAAGUGUGUUUUUUCUAAUUGUGGUCUUUUUGUCCAAGAUAAGCGGAAGCUGUUGGAAAGCCCAGAGUAUAAGUCAGGAAUCGUUGAAAUUCAAGACGAGUCAAGCCAAAUAAUAGGUCAAAAUAUCAACUGUUCUGAGGGAGAUCAUGUGUUGGAUUUUUGUUGUGGAUCAGGUGGAAAAUCACUUGUUUUCGGCCCAAAACUGGGAAAUAGAGGGCGUAUUUACCUUCAUGACGUGAAUGAUAAUCUUCUCCAGAAGGCCAAAAAAAGGAUGCACAGGGCUGGAAUUAGGAACUAUUAUAUACUUGAUAGAAAUUUAGAAAACAUUGAAACAUUCUACGGGAAAAUGGAUUACGUUAUAGUGGAUGUUCCUUGUUCUGGAAUUGGUGCUUGCAGGACUAAUCCUGACCGUAAAUGGUCAUUUAAGAGAGAAAACUUGAAUGGUUUGUUGAUGAAUCAGAGGUUAAUAGUGGAGGAGUCGCUGCCGUUUUUGAAGAAGAACGGGAAAUUGGUUUACAUUACUUGUAGUAUUUUCAAAGCUGAAAACCAGUCACAAGUUGACUUUUUCUCCAAAAAAUAUAACUUACGCCCUGAAGAACAAAUACUUCAACUUCCCGAAUCCAGGGGCAUGAACGGAUACUAUAUGGCAACACUAGUUAAUUCUGUAAAUUAG